CAUUAACUUACCUGUUUUUAUCGAUAAGCAACUUUAGUUAACUUGUGGGGUCUUUUUUUUCGCUCUCGUCCUUAAGCUGGGAAAUUUUUCUAAAACGGACAAUUUUUCUUGGAUUUGCCGAACCGUGGAUAGAUCAAGUACCAAAUUUACAUAGUAAUUCUGUUCAUCCUUCCCUCCUCGAUGCAAUAACCAGCAAACAAGAAAUGGCGGGGUCUGCUAGUACUACGUCUUCCAUAACCUCCACUUCGUAUACUUUAACCCACGCGCCGUCAGUAGGAUUUUUAUCUUCUUUCGCCGAUUCAUCAAAACCAUCUAGCGCCAUAGAAAUGCUGGAACUCUUCGAGGCUAUCAAGUCGGGAAAUCGACAUACCUUCCUACAGCCAGCAUCGGCAAUUCCGAACGCUUCGUUACAGCUUGCGAAGGCCACCCUCGACGCGUAUGCUGGGCAAAUAUGCGACGAACAACAACAGCGCCAACGGGAAGAGAGCAAGAAGCGAAAGCGAGCUGAAAACGGAUUAGGAAAAGGCGAAAUACUAAAGAUCAGGAAGCUUCACGUCGACGGGUUCGAAAGUGGUCAGGUUUGGCAGCAGGCAAGAAGAAUUAUUACAAGUGCACUACAGGAUUCGAAAAGUGCGCUCCAAGAAUUGGAAGACCGGAAUGAAAUCCAGGUGAAUGGAGUCAACGGAGAUGCGCAUAUUGAUGCUACUGAAUCGGCUGAGGACGUUUCUGACGAUGAUUCGGAAGACAACGAGUCUGGCUCAGAGCUCGAAGAUUCGGAAGAUGCCGAUGAAGACGAAGAGAUUGACGAAGAAGACCUCGAGGACGAUGCUGAAUUAUCAGAGAACGAUAUGGAAGAUGGUCUGGAAGAUAUUGACGAGGAAGAUGAGGCUGAAUCUGAAGAUGAAUCCGAGGAAGCUCCCCAAGAGCUAGUCGAAGAUCCCAACGGUCUUAAUGAUGGCUUCUUUUCUAUCGACGAAUUUAACAAACAGACCCAAUGGUUUGAGGAGGCGGAUGCUCGAGGAGACCCGGAUGCCGAUCGUGCAAGCGACGACGAUGAAGUAGACUGGCAUGCCGAUCCACGGUCUUUAAAGCCAUCUAGCAGUAGAAAGCCGUCUAAGAAGCCAACCGAAGACGUUGACGAGGAUAUGCUUUCCGAUGUCGAGGACGACGAUGAAGACGGAGGACCUACCUUUGGUAAUAUGGACCUAGAUGCGCCGGAAGGAGAAAGUGACCAAGAAGAUGACGAAAUGGAUGGAGAAGAUGAUUCCAAUGCCAAUGAGAUCUACUACAAAGACUUCUUUGCGCCUCCACAGCGCAAAGGGACCAAGAACGGCAAGUCUAGGAAAUUCAGGGAGCUCCAACCGACGAAGCCAGACGACAACGACGUUGACCGAGCAAUGGCUGAUGUUAGACGAGAUCUAUUCGAAGAUGAGUCAGAGAGAGAGGAUUCCGAAGACGCUCUAUCUGACGUUUCUGCGGGCGACCCUAAAUCCAGGAGAUCUGCGCACGAAAGGCGGCAGGCCAAGCUAGCCGAAGAGAUUCGAAAGCUUGAAGCUGCAAAUGUGGCUAAGAGGGAAUGGGCGAUGUCCGGAGAAGCCAAGGCCGUUGACAGACCGAUGAAUUCCCUGCUAGAGGAAGAGCUCGACUUUGAGCACGUUGGUAAGCCUGUACCGGUCAUUACGGCUGAAGUGAGCGAGAGCAUCGAGGAUAUGAUCAAGCGCCGUAUUUUAGCCCAGGAAUUCGACGAGGUUAUUAAACGGCGCCCUGACGCCUCAGAGUUUUCGUCCAAUACCAGACGAGGGCUCGUCGAUUUGGAUGACACUAAAGCCAAGCAGUCACUUGCGGAGAUCUACGAAGAAGAGCAUGUCAAGAACACAAAUCCCGAUUCUUACGUGAGCAAAUCCGACGAGAAACUUCGAAAGGAAGAAAAGGAAAUUGAGCAGAUGUGGAAAGAAGUUAGUGCAAACUUGGAUGCUCUUACUAGUUGGCACUACAAACCCAAGCCUGCUGCACCGACGCUCACAGUCGUAUCGGACGUGGCAACUAUCAGCAUGGAAGAUGCACAGCCUACAACCGCGCAAGGUGUCAGCGGCGGAGAUCACACCUUGGCGCCGCAAGAAAUCUACAAGGCUGGCAAGGAAACAGCUGAAAAGGGCGAGGUGGUUGCUAAGAGUGGUCUACCUGUUGCUAAGGAGGAGAUGAGCAGAGAGGACAAGAUCAGAAGACGCAGGAGAGAGAAGGAGAGGAUACGGAAGGCCGGUGGUCUCGCCGACAAUAAACCGAAGAGCGCGAAGGCUCAGGCGCAGAAGCAAACGCUUGGUGAUCUUAAACUGGGAGGUGUCAAGGUUAUCAAUAAGAAGGGCGAGAUUGUGGAUAUGGAGGGUAAUAAGGCGAAAGCGGCUAAGGCUGCGUCAAGUAGUAGCUUCAAGCUUUGAUACAGGCAGCUUUGUGAAUAUUAAUGAAUUUUGGAUUGACAUUGUAAUUCUUGAAUUGUAUCAAUAUACUGC